GUAAUGAUAAAAAAGGUGUAAUGCUCGAAAAUUUCCACUUUCAAAAGAUUAAUUAAAUUCGAUUCUGCAUUUCGAAUGAGAAGUUGAGGCAUAGCUACCGAAAUUCGGAGUUAGGGCUAAAACCGGAUUGCUUCGUCCUCGAUUUUGAUGCAACUUUGCGGCGACCAUAAGGAUAAUCAAAAAAGAAAGUUCAUCCAUACAAAUCUGAAUUCAUUUUUGCAGGUUUGAAGCAGAGCGUUACAAUCUGUCUGUGCGAUUCGCGCGGUGACCUGUCCGCGAAUGUUAACCAUGGCAGUAGCCGCGAAGAUAGACAUCAAUACUACUAGUUAUUACAGAAAAGAUCCGCCCUUUUUUGUCUCCCUCCCCGCCCUGUGUCCCAAAUUCUCGGAACGGCAAAAAGAGAAUUCAUUUAUUUCUGUUGCGAAGAGUUUUAGCAAGAAGAACGGAAGAAGGAAGCUAAACAUCUCUUGGAAGGGAGGUGAUGUGUUGGAUCGAUCUCCAUCUCUUCACUUCUCAGCUCUUCCAUUCAUCAAGAAGCCCCAGCUUUCGCUGCUUCUUCUUGAUUCUUAGUCUAAUCGUCCGAGCUAUGAUUUGGAUCGUCCGAAAUGAGAUUUUGCUUUUAGACCUUAGGUUUCCGCGCGUGCAACCAUGAAGGAGGGUUCCCAGCGGCCACCUGAAGGCGUCGACUUUGUCCCAGCUGGAUAUACUUCACCGGAGUCGCAUCCACCGAACCCUAAUCCAUCGGUGAUCGAGGCCAGUGUUUGGUGGCAGGCUGAGCAGGCUGCACUGGGGAUUAUACGGCGUAUACAUCCUACGUUGGCAUCGGAACUGAGGAGGAACAGUGUUGUGAAGCACUUGCAUAAGUUGAUCGGUAUUGACAUAUUUCCAUUUGGAUCAUUUCCCUUAAGAACAUAUCUUCCUAAUGGAGAUAUUGAUCUGACGUGCAUUGGCUUCCCAACUUCUGAGGAGGCUUUGUCUUAUGAUGUGCUUGCUGUCCUUGAAAGGGAAGAACACAACAAGGAUUCUGAGUUUGAAUUGAAGAACGUCCGGUACAUUAAUGCUGAGGUUAAACUUGUUAAAUGCUUAGUUCGGAAUAUUUCGAUAGAUAUCUCCUUCAAUCAGAUUGGUGGAUUGAGUACACUUUGUUUUUUUGAACAGGUUGAUCGCUUUAUUGGAAAGGAUCAUCUGUUUAAGCGCAGCAUUUUAUUAAUUAAAGCUUGGUGUUAUCAUGAGAGUCACAUUCUUGGUUCUCAAUAUGGCCUACUUUCUACUUAUGCUCUCGAAACAUUGAUCUUGUACAUUUUCCAUCUCUUCAAUUCAUCCUUGGAUGGUCCUAUAGUGGUGCUAUAUAGAUUUUUGUACUAUUACAGCAAAUUUGAUUGGGAAAAGUACUGCAUCAGUCUACGUGGUCCUCUUUCUUUAUCGUCUCUUACACAACUAUCAGUGGAAUCGUCUGAUAAUUAUGGUGGUGACCUAUUACUGACUGAGGAGUUUCUCAGAAGUUGUGCAGAUUCCUUUUCUGUACCAGUGCGGGGUUCGGAAGCCAAUUCCCGACCUUUUACUAGGAAACACUUGAACAUUGUAGAUCCAUUGCGAUCAAACAAUAAUCUUGGGCGCAGUGUUAGUUUAGGUGGCUUCUUCCGAAUUCGUAGUGCCUUGGCAUAUGGUGCUCGGAAGCUUGGACAUUUACUACUGCUACCUGCUUCUAGUAUUCAAGAUGAAAUCUACAUGUUCUUUAGGAGUACACUGGAUAAAAAUGGAGGUGGAGAAAGGCCUGAUGUGCAGUAUUUGUCUUCUAGAUUGCGACGCAGUGCAUUGGUUGAAUCAAUGGAUGUGGAACUUGCGCAGCCCGUAGAAAAGCUAGAAAAAGAGAAUGCAGAUGAGUUGAGCUCAGAAUCUCCAACUUCGAAGGGGUAUAGAGAUUUAAACAAGGAGUUGAAAAACGUCAGAAUUUCGGACUUGGAUGAGUCUGAAGGCAUGGUUGCACCGCAAAAAACAUUCUCUGAUAAGCAGCAAGAUAGCACAACUAGUGAUGCCAAAGAUCCCGUCACUUCAACAACCUCUGUUUUAACAAGCAUGACAGAAAGUCUCCCGACUGCAUCGUCAACCGAGGAAGAAAGUAUUUUGGAUGUCAGGCAUUCUGAUCAUGCACCCCACCUGCUUUUCAAUCCAGAAAGUCAAAUUAGAAAGGAUGUAAAGCUUGAUCAAGUUAAUUCAACAACUUUGGGCCCAACUUUUAAUGUUCCUUCAACUAUUAUUUCAACGCAACCUGAUUCCUUUGAGAUGGAUUCAUCAUUGAGCAAUACUGGCUUGGUUGGCAACAUUGGUGAAGAUCACCCGUCUGAACGUCUAAACUUAGUAGACUAUGGCCCGGAAGGAAAUUUAGGAAACCGCAUUGAUGAGCCUUUUUCUUUACUUGAUGAAUUGUUAGAUCUAUCCGGAGAUUUUGAUACGCACUUGGAUAAUCUUAAUUAUGCUGUGUGGUACCAAGAGAAAAAGACGAACACUAAGUUCGUACCGAUGUAUCAGUCACCCCCAUACUCUUACUACGGCCAUGGCAAGGAUGUAUGGACUGAUGGCAGUCAGUUUACAGUUCCCUUAUCACCCGGGCCGCCGCUCCUUUUUCCGGCUGCCUACUACCCAAUGAAUCUUCCAGUUAUACCCAAUAUUUAUAACAUCGAUGAUGCACGCAGGCGCAAGGGAACUGGCACAUUUCUUCCCAAAUUGGAUUAUCAGAAGAACAGAGAGCAGCUAUUGGAUGUACCCCAGUCGCCAUCACCACAUGCUUCCAGUGCAUCACCUAAUGCAAGUGGAACCGAGUUUAGUACGCUUAAAUUUGGUUCUUUUGGCUCUGUUUCAGUAGAAACUCCUACAAAAGAACAGGGCAGUAAAUCGGAUUCUCCCAUUUCUCUUAGUCGGGGCUCUGGAUUUACAAGCCCUGCAUCAAGUUCUCAGAGACCAGCCAUGAGCUCUGAUACUGGAAGGGGCAGUUCGUCAGAGCCUUACCAGCUGAAAGAUGAAGAAGAUUUCCCCAAGCUGUCAGGCAGAUUUCCGCCAUCACGUAGAGAGAGAAGGCAGGCAAAGAGAGGCUAACUUUUGGUCAUAUUUGCAGUCUGAUGUAAAGAAAUGGGAUUCUUUCAUUCUUUUUAAAUUUUUUUUCUAAGUUCUAAUAAGAAUCAACCCCUCAAUCGCCCAUGCUAACUUGGGUUAGAAGUAGGUAAAAAGUGAUUCUUUUUCCUCCCAGCUAAUUUUUGCCCGUUGGGUUGGUGGCGACUAACCUUCUGCUUUUAGUUUUGUUGUUUUUAGGCCUGAAACUGAUUGGGGGAUGUUGUCAUCUUUAUACAUUGUAAUAUUACUGUUUUGCUUGGAAAUGUAUCUAUCUGCAAGGCCUCAAGCUACUGUAAUGUUCGUUGA